AGUACAUUGCCACAUGCUUGAUACAGAAGAAGUUGGUUGCAAUUUGCGCCGUCACCGCUAGAUGCCACCAAAUCGUACACACCACCUUAAAGUAGAAAACUAUAAAACUUCUGUGUAACCCAGUGGCCUAUUGCUGUAUGACUGAUUUUUACGCCUCUGUUCAUACUUUGGCAGAUACUUUAUAGACGCCUGUCUUCACAUCAGUAUUAUCGAUUAACUGCUCCCAAAUCAGGUUGAAUCGUGUGUGUGUGCUUGUGUGCUGUUACAAUUGAGUUUGUAAUCCUCUGAGCAUGCGCAGUGGUGAGACUGUUUUCCACGUUUCCCAGGGUAACCAUCAACAAGUCAGUUAGCCCACUGUCGCGAGCUAUGUCCUUUAGGUAGUACCAUUUACGAAUAGGUCUAUAGUAUGUAUUUAAUCAGACAAACUUAGCAUAAUGGUAAUUUAGCAAUACUAGUACAUACUAAGCACACGAAGCCUAUAGCAAGCUAACAUUACUUGUCACAGUGAAAUUAGCGAACACUAGUUUAGCUAGCAUGCUAACGUGAGUGGACGCGUUCAGAGGACAGAGUGCAGCGUUGUAGUUCUCAGAAUGACUAAUCAGCAGUUCAGGACACUGGCUUACACGAAGAGCCCGAAAACAUCGAGGAGAACAACGUUUCAGGACGAACUUCAGGCUGCUGUCUCCGCCAGAGCAAGCAAGGCAGAAACAGAUCGAAACUCGUACUCCGAUGACUUCAGUGACGAUGAAGACGAUUUUCUGAACGAGCUCCUCAAAUCGAGUAAAAAGAGGGCCGGCGCCAUCAAGGCGGCGAAGAGUCAACCCAAACUCAACGACUUUGACAUUUCAGACGACGAGGGCAAACGCGGCAGGACGAAGAGAGUUUCAUUUCUGAAAACCCAGAGAGUCGUCUCUCCCCCGGACGGCGCGGCGGUGCCAGAGUCACGCGAAAACGAGCCGCCGGACUCUUCCACCGGUCCACACAGCAAUCACUGCGACUCCACGAACAUCGGUGACGACAACGUGCCAUUUGAAAGCAGUGAUGCAGUGUCCGCCGAUCCCCAAAUCACGAGAAGGAGCUCAAGUAAAUCUCUGUUGUACCAAACGUCAGAUGACUCUCUCCUGGACAUGCCGUUGCCCUUACCAUCUGACAACAGUGGGGCCGAAACUCCGGGUCCCGAGAAGAAGAGGACCUCUGCUCUGGAGGACGGCUCCCACACUCCGUUAUCAGCAACUGACCUCACACGCGUGUCCUCAGCAGAUACCAAGAGGGAGCCACCCAGGCCCAAACCGAGGCAAAGGACUCUCGGGUUGAGCCUUCACACUGCGGAGAAGACGGCUGAAGACGCUGGAUCUCCGGAUCUCAGCAGGCCCCAGACGUCCUCUGCAUCUAUCCCCCUCUCCCCCGACACGUCCAGCAGCACCGCUUGGAAGGAAGGAAGUCGAGCAGUUUCCUGCGGCCUCAGCAAAUCCUCUUCGAGUAAGAGUGAGCAGUCACAGCUCUUCACCAAGACCACAGUGGAUUCCGGAUCCAGAGAUGGCUUCAUUUCCGAUGACAGCAAAGAGAGAAAGUACUCCACGUCGUUUGAAGAGUUUAAUGCAGACUCUGGAGAACACUCGCAGCAGCUCUCUCGUGUCCACCACAAAUCCUUUGACACCAGGACAUGGAGCUCUCCCUCUGAGGCCGCUCAGAGGUCGCACAGUGUGUGCGCCGGGAAAGUGGAAUCAAGGUAUCUGGGAACUCUCAAACUUCUGGAUCGUAAAGUCUCGCUGCAAGACUCUCAGCUUCCAGCGGCAGAUUCACUCAGAGCCGCCAUUUACCAGCAAUGGCUUCGAAAGAAAAAGGAAAAGUCAAGAGAGAAUAUGCAAAUACAGAAGAAGGAGGAAAUCCUGAAAGAGAAGAAGAAAAGAGAAGAAGAGGCUAAAAAGGAAGAUGCUGUUGCAUCAUACGAGGCUUGGAAAGAAACGAAGGCGGAGAGUCUCAAAGCAAAAGCCAAAGAAAAGCAGGACGCGAUCAGAAAGGUGCAAAGAGCGGUUGAAGAGAAAGAAGAAAAGACGCAAUCUGCUCAACAGGUGUUUGAGAAAUGGAAAAGUGAGCAUGAUCAUCUCCUCAAAGAAAAGUCCAGAAGACAAAGAGAAGCUGAAAAUAAACUUCGGUUCAGAAAACAAGAGAAGGAGAAAGAAAGAAAGAGAGACAGCAAAUCUGCCGUUUCUGACUGGCGUGAAAAGAAGACAGUUGUUUUCCAUGAAAAAGUCUCGACAGUGCGCGAGGAAACCCAAAAUAAAGCUGAGGAGGAGCGCUACGUGAAAGAGGAGAGAGAUCAAAUGGCUUUGGAGAUGUAUGAAAACUGGCUGGUACGGAAGGAUCUGGAACAGAAGAGACAAAGAGAAGAAAGGCGGAUACAAGCGAUACUCCAAGGCGGUCCACCUCCUCCGUGGAGCCCACCAAAUAAAACCAUACCCUUUGGGAAAUAACUUGAAAUGCAACAUAAGAUAUCUGCGGGUUCUGUGUUACAUUUGAAGUUUGUACUGUAUGUUGUGUUUUAAACAUAGUUGAUGGCAGCUGCUGAUUUUUAUAUACAUAUUUUGUACAUUUUAGAGGUUUUUUUAUUAGCCAGCAGCUCUAGUGCAAGUUUAUUUUUUAAAAUGUUUGUCGGUGAAAUGUUGCAGUAUGUUGGAAAAUGUUCCUGUGACAUGUCGGUAUCAAAGAACCCUUUUUAUAAAUGUUAUGGUCUGGUACCAUGUUAGACAUCUGAAUGUAAAGCGGCAAUAAGAAAACAAUAUUGAUAUAAAAAGCUAAUAGAAUUGG